AUGCGGUUUACACAAUCAAUUGCCCCGGCGCUUUUGUUGCUUGCGGCGGGCGUUGCGCAGGCCGCUUCCGGUUGGGGGUUCGGCGACGGCAGCAUUCAGAUUGCCGCAAAGAAGGGUGAAUCUGUUAAAGAGAAGCUUAAUCAAAACAGCCCUCUUGCGAAACCAGUCUCCCUCGGAACCACCAGUACACUGAAGCUCGUCCUAACGGCCAAGGACAAUGGCGCCGGGAAGCGCCCGCACCAGGCAUUCCUCGUGCUGCAGGAACAGGACACGGGGCUCGAAGCGCCCUUUCCACUGACUGUUAAGGAGAGUGGGAAGGCGACCGUUCAGAUUGUAAGGGCGCCUGGUUUACAGAAGGGGGAUACAAUUACUGAUACUCUCGCACAGUCGCAGAAGGACCUCCCCGUCCAGUUGCGCAUCGCGGCCAAACCUCUCAAGGCAUCCGUUGUCCUCGCCUCCUUUGGCUCUUCGCAAGGGCUCGACGCUCCGGUUUUUGAGGUCAAGGUCGAGCAGGAUGCCAACGCGCCACCCCCCGCCUACGAGGAACCCCUGCGUUAUGGCAAACAGCCCGAGAUCCACCACAUCUUCCGUCCUGACGCGAAGAGCCCGCCUAAGGUCGUCUCGCUCGCAUUUGGGUUGGCCGUGGCUGCUGCCUUGCCGGCGCUGCUAAUUAGCUGGGCUACUCUUGGCGGGAACCUCAACCACCUGUCCAAAGCUCUUGGUGUGGCACCGCUGUCGCAUGCCGCCUUUUUCGGCUCGAUCAUGGCGAUGGAGUUUGUCUUCUUCAUGUACUACACCACCUGGAACCUAUUCCAGGUGCUUCCGGUCAUGGGCGUGGUCGGCGCAGUCGCUGUGUUGAGCGGGACGAAGGCGCUUGGAGAGGUUCAGGCUAGGAGGCUUGCUGGAGAACGCUGA